AUGGGUAAGAAGAGCAAGGGUCUCUUCUCCUUUCGCCGCCGGUCUAAGAAAUCCGCCGUGCCGACUCAUUCUCCGCCGCAUCCUACGGCGGUUGAAAUCACCGGUUCACCUUCGGAUAACCGAUUGGUUACAAAACCAAAGAAAAAAAUCGGUGGAGCUAGGUUAUGGAUGCGGUUCGACCGUUCAGGCAGGUCGGAGCUCGUGGAGUGGGAGAAAAACACGAUCAUCCGCCAUGCCGCAAUUCCCGCUAGAGACCUUAGGAUUCUAGGCCCUGUCUUCUCCCAUUCAUCCAAUAUCCUCGCGAGAGACAAAGCGAUGGUGGUUAAUUUGGAGUUUAUAAAGGCAAUAGUAACAGCUGAAGAAAUUUUAUUGCUGGAUCCUUUACGUCAAGAGGUUCUUCCGUUUGUUGAACAAUUGAGGCUACAGCUUCCACACAAGACUCAGCCCAAACUUCUUGGUGGUGGUGAUGAACAAGAGUUGCCCGUUCCCGAGGGUGGUGAAGGUUUGCCUUCCGAGCUUCCGCUUCCAUUUGAGUUUCAAGUGUUGGAGGUUGCUUUGGAAGUUGUGUGUACUUAUCUGGAUUCAAAUGUUGCUGACCUUGAGAGAGGUGCUUAUCCUGUGUUGGAUGAUUUGGCUAGGAAUGUUAGUACCAAGAAUCUUGAACAUGUUAGAAGCUUGAAGAGUAAUCUUACUCGAUUGCUUGCACGUGUACAGAAGGUGCGAGAUGAAAUUGAACAUCUAUUAGAUGACAAUGAAGACAUGGCUCAACUAUAUUUGACAAGGAAGUGGUUGCAAAAUCAACAAUAUGAGGCUCAAGUGGGAGCCACAACCUCGAAUAACCUUCCAAUUGUUCGACGACUUAAUUCUACCAGAAGUGGAAGUCUUAUGACUAGCAACGAUGAUAAUGAUGUGGAGGACUUGGAGAUGUUGCUUGAAGCAUAUUUUAUGCAGUUGGAUGGAACUCGUAACAAGAUAUUGUCUGUUAGGGAGUAUAUUGAUGACACUGAAGACUAUGUCAACAUCCAACUUGAUAACCAUAGGAAUGAGCUUAUCCAACUGCAGUUGACAUUGACUAUUGCAUCAUUUGCUCUUGCUAUUGAGACAUUGAUAGCUGGUGCAUUUGGUAUGAACAUUCCAUGUUCCUUGUACGAUAUAAACGGAAUAUUUUGGCCGAUUGUUGGGAUUAUGACUGCACUUUCCAUAUUGCUUUUCCUGCUUGUUUUAGCAUAUGCUAAAUGGAAAAAGUUACUGGGAUCGUAA